AUGACCUCUAAGAAAGAUGGUCGAUUGAAAGACUAUUCCGAAAUCGCAUCUGCUAAUGCAGCUGUCACCACGUCAUCGCUCCUGAAUUUGAUAAGCAGGCUUCUAGUCGGAUUCAACGUUGCAGUGAGGGCAUACUGUGCCCUUUACAUGAUCAUUUCUGACUGUGAUGAAACAUUCAACUACUGGGAGCCUCUCAACUUGCUACUCCGUGGAUUUGGUAAGCAAACGUGGGAAUAUUCGCCCGAAUAUGCCAUAAGAGCAUACACGUAUUUGAUUCCAUACUAUUUGGUUGGCUAUCCUAUUCAGCUAUUAUCGUCUGCUUUGGGUGAGUUACCACAUUCCUAUUCGUACUACCAAUUCUAUAUUAUCCGUGCUGUUGCCUUAUGUGGGGUUACAAGCUACGGUGAAAUAAGGUUGACCAGAAGCAUUGAAAAGUAUUUGAACCUGAAAAUUGCCUGUUGGUUUUUGUUCUUUUCUACCGUUUCGCCUGGUAUGUCACACGCUGGAGUUGCUCUACUUCCAUCCACCUUCGCCAUGCAAUGCAGCACGUUCGCGUUCGCAUAUGUUCUUGAAUCUAUUGUUUCUGCUAGUGUCGAAAGUACCAUUUUGGCUAUUACUUGGUUCUUGGCUGGGGGUAUUUUUGGCUGGCCUUUUGCAUUGGCCUUGGGUGUGACUUUUGGCCUCUAUACAAUCUUAAAUCUGAAGAAUUGGCAAGGAAAUAAAAUGGUGCUGAUCAUCGGGGGCUGUGUCUUGAGUCUCUCUGCGAUCUUGGCAACCAUAACUUUGAUAGAUUCAUACUUUUAUUCAAAGAUCUUAUUGGUGCCAUUGAACAUUGUCUUUUACAACGUUUUCGGAGGCGAAGGUGAAGGACCAGAAAUCUUUGGAGUUGAACCUUUCAGUUAUUACAUUUUGAAUUUGUUGGUCAAUUUCAAUAUUAUUGCAGUUUUGGGAUACUUGGGCCUCGUCUUGAAUCCUUUAUUGUCCAGAAAAUCAUUUGGAAUUGCAUUCAAUUUGUCGCUACCAUUAUUGCUUUGGUCGGUGAUCUUUUUCUCGCAGCCACAUAAAGAAGAACGUUUCUUGUACCCAGCAUACCCUUUGAUUGUGGUAAAUGCAGCCAUUUUGGUUUAUCAUAUUUUUGCAGUCUUUGGACAGGUUUCAACAAAGAUUCUCUCCAAUUUCAAAUAUAGAUCCUUAUUCACCAGAUUCGUGCAAACCAUAUUUUCAUUACUAGUGCUCGUGGUAUCCAUAUUAAGAAUUGUCAACUUAGUUGAAAACUACUCAGCACCAUUGCAAACAUUUGAGUUAGUGAGCAAGUUGCCAUCUUCAUCCACACCAGUUAAUGUGUGUAUUGCAAAGGAAUGGUAUCACUUUCCAAACUCCUUCUUCUUGCCAGAUAACUACAGAUUGAGGUUUGUGCAAAGUGGAUUUGAUGGCUUGUUGCCUGGUGAUUUCGAAGAGAGCUUUCAGUCACUUCAAAAAAUCACCUCCCAUAUUCCACUGAAUAUGAACAACAAAAAUCAAUUUGAGACGGAUAAGGUGAUCGAGUUUGGCCAAUGCGAUUAUUUUAUUGACAACACCGAGAAGUCCAGUCAACACGUAAAAGAACCUAAUAUUAUCCAAGAAGACAGGAAUGGCACGCAUGUGGUAGACCCUGAAUGGGAACUUAUGGGUUGCAACAAGAUAAUCGAUCCAAACGGUGCCCAUUCCGGUAUUGGAAGAUUAAUCUACAUUCCAGUAAGAUUACGUCAGUAUAUCUCAUAUGAUGUCAAAUACUUGAACUUCUGUGCCAUGAGGAAAACGUCUAUUGUAUAG